AUGGCCCUCAAACCAGGCGACAAAUUCCCGGACAACGUUGUCUUCCAGUACAUCCCCUACGCGGAGGAAAGCAGCGAGAUCAACGCCUGCGGCAUCCCAAUCAACUACAACGCCUCCAAAGAAUGGGCCGAUAAGAAAGUCGUCCUCUUCUCCGUUCCUGGCGCAUUCACCCCUACCUGCUCGGAAAACCAUCUACCUGGGUACAUCAAGAGCCUCCCGCAGCUGAAGGAAAAGGGCGUGCAGAUUGUUGCUGUCCUGGCGUCGAACGAUCCGUUUGUGAUGAGUGCGUGGGGCAAGGCGAAUCAGGUCAAGGGGGAUGAUAUCCUGUUUCUGUCUGAUCCCCAGGCGCGGUUCUCGGAUAGCAUUGGGUGGGCGAAUGGGGGCCGGACGGGCCGGUAUGCGAUUAUCAUUGAUCAUGGGAAGGUGACCUAUGCGCAGAUUGAGACGGAGAGGGGGGCUGUCAAGGUUUCCGGUGCGGAUGCUGUUCUGGCGCAUUUGUGA